UCGACUACUUCCGACACUACAACUACGGAAGGCACAACUUCAACUACUUCCGACACUACAACUACGGAAGGCACGACUUCAACUACUUCCGACACUACAACUACGGAAGGUACAACUUCAACUACUUCCGACACUACAACUACGGAAGGCACAACUUCAACUACUUCCGACACUACAACUACAGAAGGCACAACUUCGACUACUUCCGACACUACAACUACGGAAGGCACAACUUCAACUACUUCCGACACAACAACUACAGAAGGCACAACUUCAACUACUUCCGACACAACGACUACGGAAGGCACAACUUCAACUACUUCCGACACAACAACUACAGAAGGCACAACUUCGACUACUUCCGACACUACAACUACCGAAGGCACGACUUCAACUACUUCCGACACUACAACUACAGAAGGCACAACUUCAACUACUUCCGACACUACAACUACCGAAGGCACGACUUCAACUACUUCCGACACUACAACUACGGAAGGCACGACUUCAACUACUUCCGAC